CACUGACAGCAUCAGACCUCAGCCAACCUUCGAUUGCACCGCACAUCACUGCUGCUGCUGCUGCUACUGCUGCUCAUCUCACAUCACAACCCGGACCCUCUCCCAUAGUGUGGCCAGUUACCACCUCGUCCUCCGUCCGCCCCCAAAAAAGGAUAUUCGCGUUCCGCUUGUGUGCAUCCUGUGAAGAGAGCGUAUAGUUCGAAGAUGAUGAAGUUUAUCGCUGUGUUUGCUGUGCUGAUUGCUGUGGCCGCGGCCCAGAUUCGUCCCCUGGCACCGAUCCCGCUGCGCAACCCGGCCGUGUACGCCAACCCGGAGGCGAACGCCGUCAUACUGAACCAGGUGUACGAGCCGAACCCGGACGGUUCGUACAUCUACAGCUACGAGACGAGCAACGGAAUUCGCGCCGAGCAGCGUGGCUUCCUGAAGAACCCGGGCACACCCGGUGAGGCGCAGGUCAUGCAGGGGUCGUACUCGUACACCGGACCGGACGGUGUCGUCUACACGAUCAGCUACAUCGCCGACGAGAACGGUUACCGUGCCGAAGGUGCGCACAUCCCAUCGGCACCCCGGUACAAUCCGGCCGCCCGCUAUCCCGGUCAGUUCUAAGAGCCACCUCCCCCCUUGGAGUGUGUAGCGAGUGGAGCUCCUCUCCGCGGCGUCGCUUGUGGAGCUUUUGAUAUUUAUUGGCCUAAAGAGCGCGAGCAUCGUUCGGAAAGUUCAUCAGACCAAUCGGUCAGCACAUUUUGCAUCCAAAUCCAUUAUCCCCAUUAGCAUCGAGCGGGCAGUCAUUGCCGGACAAAUACACGCACACCAUCUCGACAGGUACACGCAUAUCUCGGACAUUCUAAUGGUCAAUCGGUGAGGAGAGGAUCGCGCACGCUGGUGAUGGGCGGUGAUUUGUCGCGAAGACUCCUUCGGUUCACGCGCGCUUCGGUUGCACCCACCUUCCUCCCACCACCCACACCCUCCUGUGAAUACUCCUUUCGAUUUACGCCAAGCCAUGACACUUCCCAUUCAGCCAGGUCUGGCGGCCUUCGACUCGUGUUCGACCGUGUGCUACAGUGCGCGCGGUUGAUUGAUGCGAAAACGGUGCCGCCGGUGGUCCACAGCACAUUUGUCCACUAGUGGUUACGCAUUCCCAGAAGGCUACUAAUGCGACGUGGUCACUGGUAUACGCUUGCCAGUCGGAGUUUCGUUUACUUUUGUAUAAUAACUUCAACACCUCUUCCAGUCCCUUCUGUCCCCACCGUAUCUUGUGCUUUGUCACUGCAUCAGCCCCUUGUAAUUUGUAAUAUUUUUUGUGUGUAUUCGCGUUUACGUGCAAUCGAAAUAAAUCCAGCAAAUGCCUUGACAAAACAGGCCAAACAGAA